UUGGCAAGAGCUUUGAGACGCUGAUUUGAUGCCCCACGUUGCAACAUCGCCAACAUCGAAAUGAAUAAAUUAUACGAAAGUGAAAUCAAUUUGCAUUAGGGCCGCCGACUAGCGAAUGGCACCCACUCGCACCCCAGGACGAGCGUUCGGCGGAGGUGGACUCUGGCAGUGUGGCAAGUGAGAGGGGGGGGCUGCUGACAAAUUACAUUACAGUGUCAGGCGAAGGCGAGUGACAUCAGGCACAUCAGACCUCUGGCCCCGACGCAUGUGUGAACGUGAACGUGGAUCUGGAGACGCGCCUCACCUGCCUGCCUGCCGCCGCCUGACAGUUGUCGACGGGACCAGGGACGUCACUGUGGCGUCUUAGGUUACGCUGCCCUGCGGACUUCACGGUCUGUGACCUGUGACCUAGCCCCGGGGGCUAGUUUCUGACAGCUUGAGACAGGAUUUGUCCGUCAGCGUCAGCCCGUCAGCCCGCAGAAGUAUGCUACGCAGCUGCGUGUGCCUGCGAUCCGAGGAGGACGGCAAGCGGCGCGGCUCCUCAGUGGAAGACGCCUCGUCGUGCCGCUCAUCGGAAAUAGAGCGCGUGGGUGCCAGCAUGCAGACGCUGGGUCCGAGCGGCCAGCCCCAGUCGGUGUCCGCCCAGACGACCACACGGGCCUCCAGUCUGCUGCAGCUGUUCCAAAGGAAAGGUUGGUGCAAACACUUUCGCAAGCCACUGCGGGGAAUGAGCGCCUCCCGAGCCGAGAAAACGAUACACAUGGAUCCAAGCCAAAGAGACGACGACACCCUGCUUCUCUGUCGCCGUCAAAGGGAAGGAACAUCGCCAAAGAGGGCGCCCAUAGUUUGUUGGGCUGUUGCUAUCAGAGCGGCAAUAUUUAUCCAAAAAUGGUAUCGCAGGCAUCAGGCGCGUCGCGAGAUGGAGAGGCGCUGCAACUGGCAGAUAUUCCAGAAUCUAGAGUACGCCAGCGAACAGGACCAGGCUGAGCUGUACAAAUUCUUCAAUGACCUCAUCAAACAUAUGCCCCAGGCAGCGGGCAGGAAAAACCAACACCAUGCCGAGUCCAAUUUUUCCCUGCUGGACGAGAAGGACGACAUCAUGGAUGAGCUCGGGGAUACUGUGAAUGCCAAAAUAGAGUUGCCAAUACGAAAGAGUCACAUCGAUCUCCUCAUUGACGUCUUCCGCAAGAAACGGGGCAACCGAUUGCAUCCAAAGUAUGUGGCGCUGAUCCUGCGCGAGGCUGCCAAGUCCCUCAAGCAGUUGCCCAACAUCUCGAUGGUGUCCACUGCAGUGUCGCAGCAGGUCACUGUCUGCGGCGAUUUGCAUGGAAAACUCGACGAUCUACUUGUGGUGCUGCACAAGAACGGUCUUCCUUCAUCUUCCAAUCCCUAUGUGUUCAAUGGGGACUUUGUGGAUCGCGGCAAGCGUGGGCUGGAGGUGCUGCUCUUGCUGCUGUCCCUUUAUCUGGCAUUUCCCCAAGCGGUUUUCCUGAACCGCGGCAACCACGAAGACAGCGUCAUGAAUGCUCGCUAUGGAUUCAUUCGCGAGGUGGAGGGCAAGUAUCCUCGCAACCACAAGCGACUGCUGUCCAUCAUCGACGAGGUCUACCGAUGGCUUCCACUGGGCUCCGUUCUCAACAGCCGAGUGCUGAUUGUCCACGGCGGCAUCUCCGACAACACCAGCUUGGAUCUCAUCAAGAGCAUUGAUCGGGGCAAGUACGUUUCCAUUCUGCGACCACCGCUCACAGAUGGCGAGCCUCUGGAUAAAACCGAAUGGCAGCAGAUCUUCGAUAUCAUGUGGAGCGAUCCGCAGGCUGUGAUGGGUUGCGUCCCGAACACACUGCGUGGUGCUGGCGUUUGGUUUGGCCCCGAUACCACUGAGAAUUUCCUGCAGCGCCAUCGACUCAGCUAUGUCAUACGCUCCCACGAGUGCAAGCCCAACGGGCAUGAGUUUAUGCAUGACAACAAGGUAAUCACAAUCUUUUCGGCAUCCAACUACUAUGCGAUUGGCUCCAACAAGGGCGCCUACAUACGCCUCAACAACCAGCUGAUGCCGCACUUUGUGCAGUACAUCUCGGCAGCCUCGCAGUCCAAGCGGCUGUCCUUCAAGCAGCGCAUGGGCAUGGUGGAGAGCUCUGCGCUGAAGGAGCUCGCUGUGAAGAUGCGCGACUAUCGCGACGAGCUGGAGGAUGAGUUCAAGAAGUUCGAUCCGGACAACACCGGCUGCAUAACCAUUACGAACUGGUGCUAUGUGAUGGAGAAGGUCACAAAGUUGGGUCUGCCCUGGCGUCUGCUACGCGACAAGCUGGCUCCUGGCACCGACAGUCACAUGGUGAACUAUAACACUACUCUGGAUCUGCUGGACACGGAUGUGAUUAUGGAGGCGGAGGCAGAUGGCACCUCAGUCAUGGACGCUUUGUAUGCGAACAAAGCCAGUUUGGUGGCCAUCUUCAACAUCAUUGAUGCAGACAAUUCGGGUGAAAUAACUCUGGACGAAUUCGAGACAGCAAUUGAUUUGUUGACGGCACACAUGCCGGGCGACUACUCCAAGGAGGAGAUGCUGGAAAAGUGUCGCAUGAUGGAUCUCAAUGGGGAUGGCAAGGUGGAUCUGAACGAGUUCCUGGAGGCCUUCAGGCUGAGCGAUGUGCAAAGGAGGCAGCAGCAGGACGAGAACAUACGCAGGCGCUCGGAGGUCAGAUCCACAACCAAGCCAUCGGAUCCCGUGACCGAGCUGGCGGAGCGCAUACACCGUAACACGGUCAUUGUGGAGACAGAUAUAGACCCAUCGGACUGCGAGGCUAAAGUAAUCAAACCCAAAUAGGCAUAAAGGCUCCCGGGAUGACUCUUUGAUCACGUGACUCAUGAAAAACCAACAAAAUCUGUUUAUUUAAACAUAAAAUCCAUAGGAAAAUCGUAUGUCAUUCACGAAUUAUACUCGACACAGUUCUCCACAGCA